CCAUCUCUUUAUGGCUCCGUCAUCACGACGGGAGGCAAUACUCUCAUACAGGGCUUCACAGAUCGACUCAGUCGUGACUUAACCACCAAAACCCCUCCCGUAUGUCGAAUACAACCGUUUAGUAUGAGACUUAAGGUAUUGAGUACUAACUCGACGGCGGAGAGACGUUAUGGCGCAUGGAUUGGUGGCUCGAUUUUAGCAUCUCUUGGCACUUUCCAGCAAAUGUGGAUUUCCAAACAAGAGUAUGAAGAGGGCGGUAAGGCUCAGGUCGACCGCAAAUGCCCCUAA